UGUCUAGCUUUGUGAAUGUUAUUGAAAGCUUGGGUGAUGCAAAUGCGGUUCAAGAAGGGUUUAAGGUUCAUGCCAUUUUGGUUAAGAACGGUUAUUUUCAUGCUAGUUUAUAUAUUAAGGUCUGUUUGGUUAGAAUGUAUUUUAGGUGCGGGAAAAUUGAGCUUGCGCGGAGGGUGUUUGAUGAAAGUUCUGAGAGAGAUGUUGCUUUGUGGGGUGCCAUGGUUGCUGGUUUUGCACACCAUGGGAUGCGGAUUGAAGCAUUGCAGUAUGUGAGGUUGAUGGUAGAUGAAGGAAUAAUGCCGAAUUCGGCUUUGAUGAUGGGUGUUCUUCACUUAGUUGGGGAGCUUGGCGCAUUGCGGAUAGGUCAAGAGGCUCAUGCUUACUUAGUGAAGAAGAAAUUUUACUAUGAGCAAGUGCGAAUUCGAACUGAAUUGGUUGAUAUGUAUAGUAAAUGUGGGGAUGUUGGUUCGGGGAGGCGAGUUUUGUCUAGCUUGGUAGAGAGAGGUAUAAGUUGUUGGAGUGCUCUGAUUGCGGGUUCUGUCUCGAGUGGGGGGUUUCAAAAGGCGGUGAAGUCCAUGGUUAGAAUGCAGCGAGAAGGGUUCCGGCCUAAUCAUGUCAGUGUUGCUUCUAUCCUUUCGGUUUGUGCACAGUCGAGGGCUCUGAAACGGGGGAAGGAGAUUCAUGCUUAUGCUUUAAAACAUUGGUUUCUGCCUCAUGUCUCUAUAGCUUCUUCGUUGAUAGUGUUGUACUCUAAGUGUGGUUUGAUUGAAUAUUGUACAAACCUAUUUGAUGGUAUGGAACGAAGGAAUGUGAUCUUGUGGACAGCCAUGAUUGAUGCAUAUGUGGAAAAUGGGUGUUUUCCUGAAGCAUUUGGUGUCUUAAGGUCAAUGCAAUUGACAGAGUAUAGGCCGGACACAGUUACCAUGGCGAGGAUGUUAAGUCUUUGCAGCAAACUAAAACUUGUAAAGUUUGGCAAGGAGAUUCAUGGGCAGUGCUUGAUAAAGGUUCAAUGACAUGGACUGCUCUUAUAAGGGCCUAUGUAUAUAAAGAAUUGUAUAAAGAUGCAAUUGACCUCUUUGAUGACAUGAUUUCAAAGGG